UUGCAGAACCUGCAAUAUCAAAAUCUGCAGAAGAAGCAGCUGAUAAUAGUUGUGAAUUUGUUGGUAAUGUAGUAACUAGAACUAUAAAACUUUGGCCAUUAGUCAAAAUUGUUCAUAGAAGGCCUCAAUAUCCUCAAUGUCAAGGUUUUGAUAGUGAUACUGACCUUGAAUCUAAUAGCAAUGAAAAUGAAAUGGCUAUAUCACAUAAUAAUAGUAUAAUUAGUGAAGAAGUUAUUGCAUUACAAAAUUCUUGGAACAAAAAAGAAAAAUGGCAUAAUAAUGAAGAAUUUGUUUCUUGCUAA